AUGUAUGUCACUAGAGUAGACAGGUACAGAAAUAGUGUGAAAGGAAAAUGUUUUUCACCAAAAGAUAUCCUUGUGUUUAGUGGUGUCUGUACAUCAUCACCAAGAUCUGUAGCUGGUGCUUACACUUACACUGAGUAUGAUCAAAGGAAGGUGGAAGAACUGAGAGAAUUUGCAUCAACAUCAGUAAAAACAAUGGAACCUGGAGAUUUUGCUGAUAUUGUUUGUCAGGUUGUAAGUAUUGCAUCCAUUAGAAAGGGCCAAAGUGUAGUUCUGAGAGUGUGGAAUGGAACAAAACCUUCCAA